UCAAAGCACUUGUAACAGCAGCCGUCAGCCCCGCACCGACUAUAAGCAAUUUGAGCUGUAAAAACAGGCCGAAUUCUUGUCUAAAAUGAAAAGAAAUAAAUAGAAGCCCUUUCCAAAAUACAUCAACGGCAAUGAAUCCGAAGGGAAUCGUCCGAAUGCUGAUGGGCCGCCGUCCAACUGUGGAUGACACUUCGACAUUCACUGGCGAUGCCGGCCUAAGUUUGAUGCAUCUUCGUAAGCUUUUCAUGGAGUUUAUCCACUCAUCGGUGCCUCUAACGUUGAAAGAACAAGAGGAGAAGCUCUACGCUAUGCUACCUGUGUUUAACAAAGUGUUCUCGAAAGCGGGAGGGACGGAAAUGACCGAACGCUUUGGAGACGUCCUUCAAUUUGCAGCACACACUUCGCGACUGAUGGUCAACGAAAUACGAAGACAUGCAGUAAACAGAUCGAACGACAACGCUAGCACAGCAAUCAUGAACUUCCUCAUAGAAAGACGAGAUAACAACCCGCAAUCUGGCUGGAACCUCCUGAAUAGUUUAAGCAUUUUGGCGAACGGGGAAAGCGCGAUAAUUUCGGACAUGAUAGCGACUCAAUUGCCAUCAACUUUGGUGCAUUGUUUGUACUUGUUUUUUGAACUUCCUCGGCCUUCAGCAUCGUCAAACGAGGAAUCGGACGCCUUAGAGAUCUCCUAUUCGACAGUGCAGAGACUAUUUAUACAGUUGCUUGUCCGUUUAUGCAAUCAGGGCAUCACAGCACAGGAACUUGUCAGGACAGAUGACUUGUUUAUUCUGUUCACUGCAAUGACUUGUAAGUGCCAGCCUCACAACAUUGGUUGGCGGACGGGAAUUUGUGAGGUUCUAACGAGCAUAACUCGCCACGGCUUCAGAGAUGAUGUCUGCAAUUACAUUCACGGUAAAUCAUGUGUCAGUCUAUGUGUUUCAAGUAUGCGGCAAAUUCAAACUGAGACGCCUUUGGAACUUGUCGAGAUGUUCAUCACCAUCUUUAGAAUUCUGCAAGACUCCACUGCAAUUUCACCUGUGCUGAUGGACGACUUCCGCUCAUGCCAAGGUUAUCUGUUCCUUCAAGAGUACCUAUUACAACUUGGGGAAAUGGACGACCAUUUAGCCGCAGAGGCUUGUCGUAGUAUGGUUAUAUGUGUAUCGGAUUUUGCCAUGGUUGGUUAUACGCCAUUGAGGCCAUCUCAGAGCAUUGGUGCCCCAUUUCAAGAUUCAGAAUUUCAGAUGCCUGAGGCAACAGAAAAUGGAAAAACUGUUCGAAAUAUCGAAGCAUUUCAUGUUUUACAAGCAGUAUUUGUUAGGAGCGAUGAUGGUCUUUUAUGUCAGCACAUUCUCGACUCAAUACGACGCAUCUACACUUCGGAUCCGGUGAAUUAUUUCAUCCUCGAACAACAGAGAACCAUCUCAACAUUCAUUGGAAAAAUUAAUGAAAAAGAAGCCCCAAUUCAGGAAAAAGUUUUAAAAUUAAUCGAGUUUGUCGCAUGCAACCUCAACUGGACGCCUUCACCAGAGCUCAUUUCCCUAAGCAUGUUGUUUAAAAAUACAAGGGUACAUAGUUCAUGGAUUUUCGCAUUAGAAGUUCUUAUUCAACUGGUAAACUACAAGGAUCAAUAUAAACAUGUUUUUCGUGAUGUUGGCCUUUUGGAAGUGUUGACGAACUGCUUAGUUUAUUAUUCUGUUGCAUUGGAAAAGAUGUCAAACAUGGAGGGUUCAGAGAGUGACGAUAUUUCAGCCAAAGAAACUAAAAGUUUUAAGGUCGAUCCUGAACUCAUCCCAGAUGAGGACACUUUGGCAAAAUAUGCCGAUUAUCCCAUGUUACUGAUGGAGUGUGUUCGUAUAAUGCUCGAGAAAUGCUCGGAAAAUGCCGCGAUGUUUCGUCAUUGCGGCGGAGCACAAUGUGUCCAAGGUUUGGUAAAGUACGAGAACUCCCGAGGAGAGGCGUUGAAAAUUAUUCAAGAGUUAAUUUUGGAUGGUGGAAGAGAUGACCUAGGAGCGUUGCUGAGAUCAACAAACACCUGCACCACGCUGGUCGUCCCGAUGAAGAUCGCCCUCUUACGAACAGUAAUAAGAGUGUUUGCCUUGGAGCCUGGGACGAGGGCAAUGUUUCGUGACGUCGGCGGGUUUGUUUACGUCAUAUCCGUGCUCAUGAGCAUGGAGGGAGCUUUGAGCAAUAACCCCAACCCGAUAUGGAAGGAUGUUGAAAGAUCCGACAUUUUGGAAUUAUUUCGUGUCGUUUUCUACGUUCUCACAAGCGCCAUGCAGGAUGAACCCGCAAACAAAACUUUUUUCAUGGAUGAGGUGCGUUACAAAGGUUUAGCAGACAGCCUACGUCUUCUUGGGUGUUUCGAUACGAACAGCACAACGUUAUCCGAAGGACGGAUAGUUUCUCCGACCGGAAUGAAGACCCGCCUGAAGCGCACCCGCUCAGCCCGAUCAUCAAUAUACGUCGACCCGCAGAUCCCUAAAUUUCAUCCCGCAUCUUCCCUAUUCGCUGCUUUACAUGUCCUGCACUGCCUGCUGGAUAUGGCGAUGGAUUCGUUCACUCUCAAGUCAGACACAUCAAUCAGCGAUGACACCGACACAAGUCGUGUUUAUCCGUUGGACGUGUCUUGCAUCUGUCACCCAGGAGCUGUCACCGUUCUUGUGGAGCUGUUGCCGUCCAUUUUUGAGUCUCAGGAAGAUCUGAUUUUGCAUGAGGAUGGGGACUAUCAGGAUGCUCUUGAUUUACAGCUUUAUGUCGCGAACAAAGUGCAAUCGUGUUUACGUUCAGAACGCAAUCAACAAGUCAUGUGUCAGGCUGGUCUCCCUCAGCAGAUGCUCUUGCAUUGUCAAGCUGCCUUGGAGCUCGAGGAACAUCCACUUCACUUACCUUUACAGAGAGUAUUUGAGCGUCUUGCAACCCAGGCACUCACCCCAGUUGUACUAAGGGAUUUCAUGAGACUCGCGCUUCCGCUUCGUUGCGCCGACGUGGAAAUUCACGAAGUAACGAAACGAGAGGAUAGAAGAAAGGCCGACAUGAUAGACGGCGGCUUGACCAAUAAGAACACGCCAGAUCACGUCAGCAAAGAUACAAACCCGGAUGUACACAAACAAUCUUUGAUUAAAGACUUUAACGAGGCAAUAUUCCCAUCCGGAAAUCGUUUUUCUGGCAAUCGCUCAAGGUCAAGCUCGGCCAACAGUUCUUUGUCAGGGGGUGAAGAUGGACUCGAUGGGAACAGUGAGGAUAAUCUUCACCGUCAUCUAAAGUCCCGUGUUAUCCCUAAGAGUACUAAGAGACCUCGCAGGAAACCUCGAAGUAAAUCAAAAUCCAAGUUUUAUACACCGUCUCCAAGUUCUUCAAUCGAUGGGAUUGAUGAUGAUAUAGGGUCACCAGAGGGUAAUAAGGGACCUUUAGAGUCACCUGACAGUUGUUUAGGAUAUUCUGUGAGCGAUGCAAGUACCCCAGUGGGUAUUCCUAAUUUAGGGUCACUUCGGGGUAACGUAGAUUUAACUGCUAUGAAUAAUACGCUUCCCGUUGAGACCUUGAUAGUGAAUGAACGACGUAGGACUAAAAGGGAUUGUAAGGGAUCGAAUGGUAUUUCUAGGGCUAUAAUUGCUGGACAAGACAAUGAAAAUAAAAAAAAUGACGGGCCUUUAUUGGAUACUGGUGGUCAACAAGGUACCUCAGGAGUAAACGAGUAUGAUAUUGUUAGUAUGUCAAAUGAGGGUUCUCUAGAGAGUAUUCAGGCAGAACACGCUGGGUCUGAGUUUUCAAAUCAAUUAUCCAGAGGUAAUGAAGGAUUAUCCCUUACUAAUGACUCUGGAGGAGUUUUUAGGAGUCCGAGGAAUAAGAAUACAUACUCUGAUUUAAUUUCUGGAACUCACAAUGUGAUGGGAUCUUCAGUUGACAGCACUGGUGGUGGUAAUAAACUAACCAACGGUCCCCCAACCAAGCUGGAUCUUGGUUUGAACACUCUGACGGACAUCAACUCGGUUACCGAAAUUGCAACCCGGCAAGGAGGCGGCCCUGUGGCCUUGUCUAGGAUCAAAUGUUUAGUUUCCAUGACAACGCCACGUGAUAUGCAUCUGUGUGGGACAACCAGCUUACCUGGGUUCGUUGAGUUUAAUAUGAGUUUGGAUGGUUAUGGAUGUCUGUACUUUCCCUCCAUCGCCCCUCAUGUACCACCAGAUACAGCAAUAGUGGGCGCAAUGACGGGAGUCUCAUCAGCGAUGAUUGGCGCCGUGCAUGGAAUGGGCGCUAGCGAUCGUAAUUUCCCGCCACAAGCUGGGCUCACGUACAUCGCGUGGUUUUGUGUCGAGAGAUUCAGCAGUCCUUUCCAGGACCCACAUCCCGUUCGGUUGCUCACGAUACUCUGGAGAACAAAACAGCUCAACAAAACCCACCGUGAAGACACGUGUUUAAAUAUUCGUCUGUCAGCAACAGACUUGGAUCGCUCGCUUGUGGUGACAACAGAGGAAGAAUUAACCGGACAUACACCGCCUGGGAAGAAAUCAAAAUCUCGAAACGAGGCAAGAUUUUCCCUUCGCGACCGUAUCAAGGAGGGAUACUGGCAUCAUGUUGUCGUGACCUUGAACAGAGGAUUCAUUCACAAACCCAGCACAGCCACCGUAUAUCUUGAUGGCGGAUUCGUCGGGACUGAAAAGCUACGUUAUAUUCAAAACACAUCACCCAGCAAUGCUCCGUACACGGUAUCAACAAUUGACACUUACAUCGGCACUCGUCGUUCUCUCAGACGUUGUUCAAAGUUAAUAUGGCAGCUAGGACCAUGUCAUCUCUUAGAGGAACCAAUUCAGGCAACUGAAGCUGCACUUAUGUAUCAACUUGGCCCAAGCUAUCUUGGUAGCUUUCAAGCACCUUUUAUUAACAAGAAUAGUCACAGUGGCGAACGUGAAAUACGAGAGCCACUCGUAGCUGAAGCUAACAUCGUGUUUGGUCUCCACGCUCAUGCAACCUCGCUGCUGACCAUUGCGAAGCUUAGAAAACAUUUCUCAAAAGCUGAAAGUCGCACUGUUGCACACAAGCUUGGUUUGUCAAAAAAGGAUAACUCAACCCCAGUCCGCUUGGUUCACAACACGGCCGGUCACCUUCAAGGUCCUUCAAGGUGUCUCGGUGGAGUUAUUAUUGGGAUUUCAGGUGUGAGAACAUUCAACCCCAGGCCCGUGGCUGAGCUGAUAUGCUGCGUUGGCGGGACGAUUACUUUGCUCGGGCUCGUUGCCAUGGCAAAUGACGUGGAAAUGUUGUAUGCCGCUGUGAAGGCCCUCAGCUGUGUCCUGAAGCAGAGUUUUUCGUCCAGACAGGAUAUGGAACGAAUCAAAGGAUAUCAGAUCCUUGCGCUUUUAUUCAAAAGAAAAAGUCAACUUUUAAACACGCAUAUACUUCAUCUUACAUUCGCCCUCGUCGGGACAGUCGACAGCGAAAGAGAAAUGUCUACCAUCCCGAAUGAAAUUGCUUUCAAAGAUCUGUUGUGUGACUUCGAAGUUUGGACGCGAGCUCCAGAGAAUUUACAAAAAUCGUUGGUUGCCCACUUCCUGGAACUGCUCAGUGUUCCAACUCAGCUUUCCAUCAACGUUAAACUCAUGCAAGAACUGGGUGUCAUUUCAAAACUGUUGUUCGUUUUGAAAGAUGACACAAUUCCCGUGGCAACGAUCAAAAUGACGUGUGAAGUUUUGACCAUAUUACUGAAUCAUGGCAAUGACAAGAGAAAUAUACUGAGAUUUGGUCAGUUUCUAACAUGGACGCUAAGUUCUCCGGACCAAAAGGAAUCUCUGAUCGACAUCAAUGCCAUCGAAAACACGCUUUUAUCACCAGAAGCCAAGGCGGAAACCGCAGAACAGCGAAUGGGAAAGAAGAUCAUUUUGAGAAAUUCUUUGUUGGAGAUCUUCCUUGUCCUUGUCGCUGGUGCUAAGAAAGGACAGGUCAAUGAAAGAUUUUCGCUUUUGAUUCAGGAGAUUCUUGGCUUUGACUGGGUCAUGUUAUUCAUGAAAGAGAAUAUUCAUAGUUCCACCGUAGUGCGAGCACUGAGACUCCUCGUCAUGAUUCUCAGCGAGAGCAGUGCUUUGGGUCGAUUCAAAGAAGGCUCUUGCAAUGGCGGCUGGUUAAGAGGAACGGACGCUCUGGGAAGUAAAUCUGUUCAUGUUGUUGCAGGGUUUGAAGUGAGGGCUUCUUCAAGCCAGGAGGGGUUUUGUGAAGUGAACAAAAGCGUUGUCAAUGUUCCUGGUUUUGUUAGUCUGAAUCAACUUCUAUCAAAACAUGUUGAUAUCCCGGAAAUUUAUCAUUUGGUCAUCAGUCUUUUGCUGAAACAUCCUGUCGCAGAUGUGGACGCUGGGAAGCAGUUUGAUUGGGACAGUUUGUAUCAUGUAUUUUGGGUGUCACAGACCUCCAUAUCGAACACCAGUCCCCCACCUUCUCCACUCGGACCAGAGAAACAUUCCAUCUACUGCGCCGAGGCGGCCUGUGUUCUGCUGACUAUGGCGAGGAUGGUGUGUGCCAAGGAAUGGCAGAACUGUUCCCAAGGCUCUUGGCUUGAAGAGUAUCCAAUCACAGUGAUCCAGUUUCUAACAUUUCUCUAUCACAACGUGGAUCAGUUCUCAGCGAUUUCAUCAAGCCACGAUUUUAUUGAACAUUUGGUUGCUAUCGCAUUCCCUGAAGUUAAACAAGUGCGAAUUACCUCGAAAGAUGAUGCCUCUCUUGAGAUUUUAACGCGUGCUCGAGGAACUGUUGUUUUGUGCAACGAUGACAUGGAAACUCUCAUACGACAUCCGGUUAAGAAGUUGAUCAUGGAUUUUAUCAGGGUUGUUAUUACGGAUGCUAUUACAACCCCGCCAUUUUUGAAAGCUGCCAGUUUGCUUGAUAUGAUUCUGGAGAGUGUUCCACAAUCUAGCAAGCUUCAUCAGAUCCAAGAAUUCCAAACAGAAGUUCUCAAUUCGCAAAUGGAAUAUCUGCUUGCGGGUAACCUCUUGAGUAACCCGGGAAAGGUUUUAGUGUCCAUUUGUAGUUUCACAGCAAAAGUCGUCGACAAACUGUGGCAAGAAACGUUUAACCUCGGCUACAAACCAAUUUUUCACUUCAUCAUUUCAAUUAUUAAUUCAAGCAAAGGGCAUUCUGCUGCCAAAGACGGGGCAUUUCAUUCGUUGAACCGAGUAAUUUUAUAUCAAUUAUCAAGACAGCUUAAGGAAUUGACAGACUUCACAGUGAUGUUGGACUUUCUUCACAUGUUAACUGCGAACAAUCGCAUCGUAUUUUCAUCCGUUAACAACAACGCUGAGUUCACCGCUAGUUUAUGCUACCACCUGUUGAUCAUGACCGGAGCUAUUCUGCCAGAAUACACGAACCACGAGGAUGGGCAUUCUGGUGGGAGUAGUCCAGUUGCAGGACCCAGCGACCUGAGCCACAGUGGUGCCUUGUUGAGUGCUGCAGCUGAACGAGUAUGGGAGGUUUUUAUUCAGAAUAAAAGAGAGGUGAUCGAAAGUGUGUUCAAAAUAGACUUUCCGAAAUCAAAUUUCACGAAAUAUCCUUAUGGCUCCGAAGGCAUGGGAGAUAUACCGACAAAAACUUUUAAAACAAUGAAUUUGGAUCCGAAAUCUCUGGGUCCCACCUUGUUAGAACCUUCUAAAAAGGUCUGGGACGCUUUCCAUAAUUCUCAGCUCAAACAUAAAACAGAAAGUCCAAAGAUCCAGAGACCCGUUAAAAUGGGUUUAAGUCGGCGAACAGUUAAUACUAAAAAGGAGAAAAUUGUUGAUCUGCCACAAACUGCCAGCACUGACGUAUGGACGAACCAACACAUUGAUCUGGCCAAAAAAUUGUUUUUACAUCAGCAUCGAAACCAUUUGCAGAAUUACAAGUUAAUAGAAAGAUCCAUAGCACAAGAGUGGUCAUCCCGUGCGGAUGACUUGACGAGGAUUCGAGGUCUCUGGGGUCCGCCUUCUGACUCUCGUUUGGAUAAAUGGAUGUUGGACAUGGUCGAAGGUCCUUGUCGCAUGAGAAAGAAAAUGUGUCAGAAUGACAACUUUUAUGAGCAUUACUGUUACAGAACUCCAGAGAAACAGUCUGAAAAGCCUUCUAAGUUUAAGAUUCCGAUGAGUUUCGACAGCAGAUUGUAUUCAAUGUUAUCAAACCAGAAGAUCAGUGCGCUUGAGAUGAAGUCUGACAACAAAUAUGAACGUUCGGUCAGUGAAAUACAGCACUCUGUUUCCACAGAGUACAAAGAAGUGGAAGAAAAUGAAAUUAACGAUAUGGAAGAUCAAACGAUAUUAAAGUUACUUGAAGCUGGUGAAAAGAUUCGCUCAAUGUUCCGUUGUGCUCGUGUUGAAGGUCUUGACCACGCUGAAGGAUUGUUUCUUUUUGGACAAUUGCAUUUUUACGUUGUCGACGGCGUGACUUUGUUAUCGACGAAGGAAAUCAAAGAUAUCGAUUCACUUCCCGAUGGUGCCCAUGACCCGAUCAUACCAAGAAGUUCACAUGAUUCUGGCCUGUCUGCAUUUAAAAAGAUAUGCACCACGUGGGCUUACGAGGCAGUACGUGAAGUGCACAAGAGGAGAUAUCUUUUACAGGACACAGCAUUGGAGAUUUUCUCAAGCGAUGGAAGGAAUCAUUUGCUUGUUUUUCCCAAGUCGGUUCGAGAUAAAGUUUACAACAAAAUGCUCUCCCUGAUACCAGCCACUCCAAUUGAUUACGUGUCAGGACAAAAACCAGAUACGGAUGUUGAAAGUUUGGGAUUCAUAAACGCAUUCAUCGGCGAGAAAUCGGUAACCCAAAGAUGGGAGAAAGGAGAAAUCUCCAAUUUCCAGUAUCUGAUGUAUCUCAAUACGUUAUCUGGACGUUCGUACAACGAUCUUAUGCAGUAUCCUGUCUUCCCAUGGAUCAUUGCGGACUAUGACAGCGAGGAACUUGACUUGAACAAUCCGGCUACAUUUCGAGAUCUGUCUAAGCCAAUGGGAACGCAGACCGAAGGACGCAAGAAAGAUUUUGAGAAACGUUAUCGUGAGUGGGAUGAUCCAACGAGCGAGACACCAGCCUAUCAUUACGCUACUCAUUAUUCGUCAGCCAUGGUCGUUGCUUCAUACUUAGUCAGGAUGGAACCAUUUGCACAGCAUUUUCUUCGCUUACAGGAUGGCCAUUUCGACCUUCCUGAUCGAAUGUUUCAUGGAGUUAAGGACGCUUGGUUCUCUGCUUCUGAAACAAACAUGGCGGACGUUAAAGAACUUAUACCAGAGUUCUUUUACCUUCCAGAAUUUCUUUUGAAUUCAAAUAGAUUUGAUCUGGGUCAGAAGCAAAGUGGAGUGGUACUUAAUGAUGUUGUGUUACCUCGAUGGGCAAAAGGGGACGCACGGGAGUUUAUCCGUCAACAUCGCAAGGCGUUGGAAUGUGAUUACGUCAGCAGCCGACUUCAUCUCUGGAUUGACUUGAUCUUUGGCUACAAACAGCGAGGAGAUGCUGCCAGAGAAGCUGUUAAUGUUUUUCAUCAUUGGUUUUACGCUGAUAGUGCUGAUAUAACCAAUAUUCACGAUCCUGUGAAAAGAAAUGCUAAAAUUGGAUUCAUCAACAAUUUCGGCCAAACUCCAAGACAGCUAUUUAAGAAGGCUCAUGUAAGCAAAAAAGCUUUCCUGGUUCAAGAUCAGGAACAAUCAAACAGCUCGUUUGUUGUCAAUGCCGACAAAUUGGUUAAUAACUUCACGAAAAUGAUGCCAAGCACUCAGCCAAUUAAAGAAAUUAAAGGUCCAGUUGGUCAAAUCAUUCAAUCGGAUAAAGGGAUUUUGGCGGUAAAGAAGAAUCAUAUAAUGUUUCCUCCUCCUUGUAAUCAAUACGUCGCGUGGGGCUACGGUGAUCUCAGCUUAAGAAUCGGGCAACUGGAUGGAGAUAAGAUUAUCGCUGUGAUGGAAGAUUCCCAAGUUGGUCAGAUUCUCUGCGCUGCUUGUCCCGACUCAAGAACACUCAUUACAGGAGGAAGGAACACUCUGGUGUACGUGUGGAUAGUUGAUCGUGAAAACAAAGAUAAGAGACCUCAACUUGCCAUACACGAAGUUCUAUACGGCCAUCUGCAACCGGUCACGUGUCUUGCUGUUUCGAGCUCUUACAAUCUUAUUGUCAGUGGAUCUGAGGAUAUGACGUGCAUCAUUUGGGAUUUGAAUAAACUGACGUACGUACGACAACUUCGCGGCCAUGUUUCGCCAGUGUCAAACAUUUCCAUAAACAAUUUGACCGGUGAUAUUAUCACGUGUGCGGGCACAUAUCUGUAUCUCUGGUCUGUGAAUGGUCAACUCAUUGUUGAGGAGAAUACUUGUCUUAGACCAACAAACCCUAUUCAUUGCUGUCUUAUGUCAGAGUUGUCUGAAUGGGAUGAAGACGUGAUACUCACUGGGGAUCAAGACGGAGUGGUUAAGAUGUGGAGUGUGGAGUUCUCUGAAGAAAGUGCCAAAUUAUCCAGGACGAGCGACCAAGGAUCAAGAAGCACAAUUUCCUCUUCAGAAGAAGCGGCAGAAGAGGCGGAGGAAGAGACCGAAUUACAGCAAAACGAAUUAACUGUUCCUGGGCAGGACAUUGCUAAGAGCCUCAGUCCUUCAGAAGACUACGUAAUCAUCGACGAUUCCGAAACUCCAACAGUAAAACAGGAAAAACCUGUUGAACCAGCCGUAUGGAAAAGAAGACUGGUAAAGAGAUCACAGCUGACCAUGCAUACCGCAUGCACUCGUGAGGAUAACCGCAUGCCAGCAGCCGUGACCGCAAUGCUUAUAUCCAAAGAUCAUAAGAAAUUGUUCGUCGGAGACGCCCGAGGCCGCGUCUAUAGUUGGUCCGUAAGCGAUACCGCAGGUCGGAUUGCCGAUCAUUGGGUGAAAGACGAGAGCAGUUUCAACUGUACCGGGUGUCAUGUGAAGUUUUCAAUGCGAGAAAGGAAGCACCAUUGCCGCGACUGUGGAAAUGUCUUCUGCUCAAAAUGCAGUGGCUUUCAAUCCAAGAUCCCUUCGUUAAAUAUUUUAACUCCGGUGAAGGUCUGCGUCUCAUGUUUCACAAAACUAAAUGCGCAAUCCAGAUCGAAAAGGUGACGUGACGUUAACAUGUUACUCGAAAUCCAUCCAAUCAAAUUGGGAAAUAUGAUCACGUGAAUCAAUAACGAUCCAAUAAAAUCGUCGCGGGCAUUUAAAUUGGGGCUUUACCAGGAGUAGCUACGGUCAGAUUAUGUUGGUCAUAACGAUAUUAGUUGGAAAUUAGCCUCUUUUUAUGCAAUAUUGGCAGCUAACAAUUAUGAUUUUUCAAGCGAUAAAGUUAGAUAGCAAAUAAUUGAAAAAUAUCAAGGAUUCUUCGAUUCUUCGUCCCGAAGCCACAAGGCUAAUCAAAUAUUCUUAUGCUGAAAGACUCCUCGGUCGUGAAAUAGCGGGCUAAAUCACUCAUUUCUUUAAAUAGACGAAAGAAUUAGAAUUUUCAGUUCAGUUACGUGUUGAAAUGUUUAAAAUAGAUCCAAUGGAACUAUAGAUUUACGAAACUUAUGUCCACAAUGCAACUUCGCGGUAAAGAUACAAAUUUACCUGUAAAAUACUCGUCCUACUACGUUAUGAAAUGACAUAUGAUGCGGCAUGUUCUGGCAAACUAUCACCGGAGAUUAUGAACUAACUGUUGUAAACGGAAUAUAGGUGAUUGAUAUUGUAUUAUUUAAUAUAUUUAUCGAAUUUGAAGUUAAUUUGGAUUCCAAACUAUCUCCGAAAUUUAUAGAAAGAUUUUAAGUUUAUGCCAUUUUGAUGUAACUUUCUACUUUCGGUAAGAUGUUAGUAAGCAACUUCUUAAG